AUGAGCUCAUCAUCCUCACAGAUAGAUAUUGAAAAGGCGCCUGUCACCAUGGAGAAGGCUGUCUCCUUGCCUGGUGUCACUGUCUCCGAGAGCAGAUCACAACCUAUUCAAGAAAUUUACGCUGACUCUGAAUUCGUCACCCUCGGUGGUUACACUUACAGAAGAACCCAACUGCUGACUGCGCUGGGUAUCGACGAGCACCGUGAGCAACAUACCCCAGUGGUGAAGAAGCUUGCCAACCCUGUGCCAUUGGGUCUAGCGUCCUUCUCCAUCUGUUGCCUUGUGCUGUCCUUGAUCAACGCCAACGUCCGCGGUGUCACCAGUAACCAGUUCGUUAUUUCCAUGUACAUGCUGUUCGGUGGUGCUAUUGAGUUGUUCGCAGGUCUGCUAUGUUUUGUCAUCGGUGACACUUUCUCCAUGACCGUCUUCUCUUCCUUCGGUGGUUUCUGGCUGAGUUACGGUUUAGACUUCGUGCCUUCCAUGGCCGCCAUUUCGGAGUACGACAAGGACCCUAACAUGCUGAACAACGUCAUCGGUUUCUACUUGGCCGCGUGGUGUGUGUUCACGUUCCUGAUGUUGAUGUGCUGCCUAAAGAGCGCUUGGGGUCUGUUCCUGCUGCUGUUCUUCCUAGACUUCACCUUUUUGAUGCUUUGUAUUGGUAACUUCAUCAACGACAACAACUGUAAGAUGGCAGGUGGUUAUUUCGGUAUUCUGGCAAGUGUAUGUGGUUUCUACAUGCUGUACUGCUGUGUCUCCUCAAAGGAGAACUCUUACGUCCCAUUGAGAGCCAUCAUGAUGCCAAACUAA